AUGGAAUGGAACUGUAAUGGCAAUCCUUAUUUUUCUCCACUUGCUGCUUCUUCAGAUAAUUUUAGCCUUCUCUACAACUACAGUUUCUGCUAUGCCUAUGAGCACACAUUUCCAGAAAUGAAUCUGCAGCCACCGCCAAUAGACAGCGGCAUGGCUUCGAGCAACAUAAACAGCAGCGGCGGCGCCGGCGCCGGCGCUGGCGUUAUGAACAUGAACGGGCAGCCGCUUUUGAAUCCUGCAAAGAAGAAAAGUCGAAUGAGCAGAGAGCAGGUGGAGUCAUUGGAAAACAGCUUCCAGGAGGAGAGCAAGCUCGACCCUGACACUAAAAUCAGAUUGGCCAACGAGCUUGGCCUCCAUCCCCGUCAGAUCUCCGUCUGGUUCCAGAACCGAAGAGCCCGACUGAAAGGCAAGCAGCUUGAGCGCUUGUACGACGUGCUUAAGCAGGAGUACCACGCUGUUUCCAUGGAGAACCAUUACCUCCAGCAAGAGGUUAUGGCACUGAGGAAAAUGCUGAAGGAUCAUCAAAUGAUGAACAAACAAGCUGCAGGAUCUUACACAGACGAUGAAAGCCCAUCGAUCCCGGCGAGCUUUGAUGGCCCGACCGACGGAAGCAAUCCCGGCCCGGCUCAUCAUCAGCUCGACGAAUGCAGCAAUAACUGUGUCUACAAUUACCGGGCCAACGCCGACACCGACGCGGACUGUAUUAGUUAUUAA